AUGUACGGAGUAUGGGGACGAGAAAAGCCCGAACGGACGGGCGCAGGUGGCCUGCCACUGACCACCAACCGGACCGUUAGUACAUUGCUCCGACGCAGUAAGCCACUGCUGGUACCUGAGGCCGGCGGAGCCACUGCUGGGAAACAGGCCCAUGAUUCUUUCAAGCCCAUGUACCGCCGUAGGCGCUGCAGCAGACGGGGUACAGCGUCUCAAGUCCAGCGGAAAUGGGCUGGUGCAGCCAGUCCCCAUAAUAAUCAGGCUAACACAGGACUCCAUAGGGGAGUUGGUCGUAGUAGUCUCUCGCCCGUGCUUUUGCUGGUCCGGGUCGAUGACGAUGGAAUCCGUUUCGCUGCCUCACUUUGGGGCACACACCGUGUUUGUCCGUCCACUGCGACUCGUCCGAUCGAUGUGUCUAACCCGUUGCAAGCAGGUCCAUUCGGGCCUCUGUUGAACAGUCAGCGUGUCACCCUCCCCUUGACCUUUCCUGGCGGGACUGAUGAUUUCUGGUCUGCUGGACGUGGGUUGGUCGUCGUGCUCUGCUCCUUUUCCUCCUUCCUACCUUACAGUGCUUAG